CCACAGUCCACUGCAUUUACUGGCCGCGAAUAAGUUCUACGAGAAAACCUCAUCGAGAUGGCUAUGAUACCCACCACCUACAACGAAAAGGAUAAUGUCUGGAGCGGAGCCAAGCGCGACUCCAUGUACAACUAUGACACCUCGGUGGGAAAAAUAAUUUUCAACAACAUGAAAAACUGGCCGAAGAACGUCUGCCAGAUAUGUGAUGUUGAUGGGGUAACAGUCACCUUCGAGCAGGGCUUAACCUGGGCCAUUCGGAUAGCCCAGUACCUGAAGAAAAGAGGUCUCAACCACAAGGAUGUUAUUGGCAUUGCAGCCAAAAACUCAACUUAUGUAAUGCCCCUGGGAGUGGCAUGUCUUAUGAAUGGCACUCCCUUCCAUUCGGUCAACCCGAUGCUAGAUGAUGCCACUUUAACUCACGUGUUCUCGAUUACCAAGCCAACGCUGAUAUUUUGCGACGGGCACGAAUACGAAAAAAUUCAUAGGGCAACCGUUGGUUGGCAUCCAGAAAUCUUCACCCUCACCGAUCACGUUGAGGGAGUCCAGAGCAUUGAGACCCUGCUAGAUCCGACCACCACAGAAAGGUUUUACCAGCCAGAAAUUUUGAAGGAGGGCGGAGACCAAACCGUGGCCAUCCUGUGCUCCUCCGGAACCACUGGUCUGCCCAAGGCUGUCUGCAUUUCUAACAGCAUUCUGAUACAGGAAAGCAUGUUGGUCACGAGUCAAUCGGUUAUCUACGUAGGAAGUUGCCUGGACUGGAUUACGGGUUUGUGGGCCUUCGUCUUCAGCACCGUGUUCGGAUGCACCCGUAUUAUUACGAACAAGACCUUCACCCCCGAGUACUUUGUGGGCCUGGUGAAGAAGUACAAGAUUAACUACGCCGUACUGCCACCUCGAUAUCUAUCCGCACUGAUCACUUGUCCGGAUGCCACACAGGAGGCCCUGUCUCCCAUUACGCACCUCAACUACGGCGGAGGAUCGGUUUCCUUGGCCACCUUGCAGCGGUCUCAAGAGAUCUGCAAGACAGCAAUGUUUAAUUCGGGCUACGGAAUGACAGAGGUUGGUGUCAUCACCAUCAAUAUUGGAAUCAGCAACGUCUCCUCGGCGGGCAGACCCUUGCCGGGCGUAAGGAUUCGCAUAGUGGACGAGGAUGGCAAGAACCUGGGCUACAACCAAGUUGGCGAGAUCUAUGUGCACACGGGUCAGGCGUGGAACGGGUACUUUGGCAAUCCCGUGGAGACGCGACGUAUGCAGGACUUCGAGGGCUGGUUCCACACCGGCGACCUCGGCUACUUCGACGAGCAGAACUUCCUGUACAUAGUGGACCGCAAGAAGGAGAUCCUCAAGUACCAGGGCCUCCACUACUGGCCCACCGAGAUCGAGAGCGUUAUCACGGAGCUGUCCCAGGUGCAGGAUGUGUGCGUGGUGGGCAUCUACGACGAGCGGGAGGGCGAUGCGGCCGGGGCACUGGUGGUCAGGAGCAAGGGCGCUUCCAUUUCUGCAAAGGAGAUCGCCGACCAUGUGGCCAAGCGGCUGCCUGCCGUACAGAAGCAGCUGCGAGCCGGAGUCCAGUUCACCGACAAAAUGCCGGCCAAUGUCAAUGGCAAGACCAUGCGAAAGGCGGCACGCGACGUGUUCGUCGCCAAGAGCGGAACGGGAAAGUGAGAUCUGAACGAUCGGCACUACGGUCGAGUAUAGUUUUAAUCACAAGUGCCGGGAGAUACUUGAAGCGAUUCAGAAUCGUGGCUCAAGUGCCCUGAUCGAGGAGGGUCUGUCGAUAGCGAGGUGACCUUUGGAUCCCAAUAAAUGUAAUGUACCUGCGAAAGCAAUUAA